AUGGCCUGUAAGCUGUUUGUCUGCCACGACCUUCAUUUGAUACUUACGAAUCUCAGUUUUAUUGUAGAGACGAUCAAGAAGCACGUGAUUGACAAAAAUGGCAACCUUCUGUUUCAGGUUAAGUGGAAGGGCUUUGAGAAUAAGAAAGACUUAACUUGGGAACCUGAGGAGAAUCUCAAGGUAUCGGGCGACGAGAUUCUCAAUGAGUAUUUUGACACGAUAGGUGGGAGGCACAAGAUCUUCGAGGAAUCAGACAGAGCGGCCAAGACCAAAAGGCGUAUACCGAUGACAAAUGGCACUUACGGUACAAGGCCCAAGCGACUGCGACGAAACAAGGCGCAUGCUACCGAUGAGACGUUGCUGGCCACAGCGAAGAAAUGGAGUCCUCCUUCGGGGUCGUGGGAAGAUGAGAUCGAAACGAUUGAUACUUGUGAGGAGGACAAGGAUGGAUAUCUGAUCGUUUACCUUACUUGGAAGAACGGCCAAAAAACCAAACACGACACGGAGAUCAUCUACAAGAAGUGUCCGCAGAAGAUGCUUCAAUUUUAUGAGGAACACGUCAAUAUUACUAGGAAAGAAAAAUAUGCCAUGAGAGAUGGUAUGAAAGUGUUUUAA